AUGUAUCUCAUCAACCUGAUCAUCAUCCCAUUCGUGGCGGCCCUCCCUGCCAUAACCAUGCGUCAGGCUAGCACCGUUAUCAGCGACUCGUGUACCAACAUCCAGCUAGUCAACGGCUAUCCAGGCAAGGCGCUCAACGACAAUCUCAAAGGCAUAUGUUCCAGUCCUCAGGCUACGAAACUCGAGAGCACUCUGGACCUCAACCAGUGCAUCGGUGUCGAUCACAGCAAAAGCACGCUGAUUUGGUCGCCAUUGGGCAAACUCCGCAACUACUGCGACACGUGCAGUCUCAAGGAGGGCAAUGUGCUUGCUUGCACAUGUAACCAGCAGGCCAGCACACUCAAGUUGGAUGACGGAAUAGUAAUUAGAGAUGGCAACCUGUCAUGCAAGUAG